GUCUCUAGCAGCUUAUGUCAGCAGGGUAUUCGGCUCGAUGCUGACGAGGGGAAAUGGAAGCCAACGAGCUUCUCCACCACGAACGAGAUCAGAACAAGGAAGUUCCACGCAGCCAAGGCCAUGUUUUACGUUGGUUGCUCAGCACAACUGCUCGCGCAGACGCUCACUGGCCCCCUUUUCGCAAAACGAGCGCUCCUUCAAAAGACAGGAAAUUGGUACUGAUCUCACUAAUAAAGUGGAAAGAGGACAAGUCAGGGUUGUCAGAGGUGCGUAUUUUCUUUGUCCUCCAUGCCUCGGACGCGGAUCUCUCGUCGCAGGCAUCCCUUUUGAGAGCCAACGCUGUCCUUCCAGGAACAUGCAAGCCUGUCUUGUCGAAGCUGUGGGGGUCAUGCUGCGACCAGCUGCCCAGCCACAGGUGGUGGGGGCAGAGGCAACCAUGUUCCCCAGAUUUGUGCUAGGGCAAGCACUGCAACCUGGGUCCACCGCACUGGCCCACGGCAACCGGCAGUGAGCGAGCAUUCCACCUUGCAAACGUCGGGGCUGACCUGGCCUUGCAAUAUACCACAAACAAGUCUCCCAGACUCAGGUGGAUCGACGGCGGCGCAGCUUGUGGAAUCCAUCUCAGUGUUUAUGCUCGUGUUCUUGCUGCACAUGUUCCAUCCCAGACUCGUCAUGACCCCGUCCGUCUGGGUCCUCCUAGCCGGCACCUUUCCCCCGGCGAGCGGUAAAUGGCCCACUGGGAUAACCUAAACCCCCACCAGAGUUUCCCAUGGUGAGGGGGCCGGCAGUUCUCUGGUUGGUCGAGCUGCCGACCAGAGACAGCGGGCAGAACAGACGGGUCUGAAUCCUACGAGCGUGCCGCAGAAUGGGCCGAGUCCCAGCCUGCCGAACAAAGACCCCGGUCUCGAAGGAGGCUCGGUGUUGGGCAGUCUGGGCAAUGAUAGCAAAAAAGCAAUGGCAUAACUGCUCAUGUGGCCGUCCAUCCUUCUCCAAGUGGCUGAGGGGGCACUUAACUACAGGCAGGGAGCCCUCUGCUAGUAUAGGCGUACCUGUCGUUUACUCUUACCUUUUCCAUCCCUACCUGUCUCCUUAUCUGCUGUCUGCCUAACCUGCCUGUGCAGACAGCGCAGACAGAACCACACCUUUUCCGGCAACAAAGGAAGUCUCUGUAUGACUGUUUCAGUAUCGUCUUGGCCAAAUCGACCAUCAUGACGGCUGGGACAGACGACAUGUCCAACGUGGGCGUCACUGCCCUGGCGCUGGGGUUUGUGAUAAACCACUGCGUAGUUCUGGGCCUGGCCCUCUUGGUUCUGCGCGCCGCCUACCGCCGCUAUGCAACCCCCCUCCGUCGCCUGCCGGGUCCUUUCCUGGCCUCCUUCUCGCGCGUCUGGAAGUUCCGGUCGACCUACUCGAUGCGCACGCACCUCGACCACGUGGAACUGCACCAAAAGUACGGCCCCUUUGUGCGGAUCGCGCCCAACGAGGUCUCGGUCGCGUCCCCGGAGGCGGCGCGGCUGGUGCUGAGCGCGGGUAAGCGCUUCUACAAGACGGACUUCUACUCGGUCUUCCCGCCGGCCGAGAGCCCCGACAUCUUCACCGAGGUGCGCGAGCACGUGCACGCGCAGAAGAAGAAGGUGGCCAACGUGCCCUACAGCAUGGCCGCCAUGCAGCAGCUCGGCCCCUUCAUCGACGACACCAUCGAGCUGCUCGCCCGGAGGCUCGACGGUAUGGCCAACUCGCAGGCCAAGGACGCCCGGGGCCCGCGCUUCGACCUCGGCGCGUGGCUGCACUACUUCGCCUUUGACGUGCUCGGCGAGGUGGCCUUUAGCAGGAGCUUCGGGUUCCUCGCCGAGGGGAAGGACGUCGAGGGCGCCAUCGCCAUCAUCGACCGCUCCCAGCGCUACAACGGCAUCGUCGGCCAGGUGCCCUUCCUCGACCGGCUGCUGCGGCGGAACCCGCUCUGGGCCCUGGUGCCCAGCCUCAACACGGCCAACGCCCCCAUAACCCGCAUGGCCCUGGAGGAGCUCGCCCGCCGCCAGCCGUUUGAUAAGGACAGCGAGGGAAAGUUUCGGGGUGGUGAUGGGAGGCAGGACCUUUUGGCUAGCUUGAUCAAGGGCCACCUCAAAGAUCCUAAGAGAUUCUCACAAGCCGACGUUUUUGCCGUUGCGCACGGUGCCAUCUUCGCCGGAUCCGACUCGACCGCCUCGACCAUGCAGUCCUUCUUCUGGCACGUCAUGUCGGACGAGCGGGUUCACAAGAUCCUGACGGACGAGGUCCUCGCGGCGGCUGAGACGGGCGGGAUCCCGGCGUCGGGCAACGUCACGUGGGCCGAGGCGCAGGCGCUCCCGUACUUCCAGGCCUGCCUCAAGGAGGCGAUGCGCGUGCGGCCGGCCGUCGGGCUCAACAUCACCAGGCUCGUGCCCCCCGAGGGCGCCGAGCUCGACGGCCGCCCCUUCCCCGGCGGCACGCGCCUCGCCGUCAACGGCUGGGUCCUGCACCGCGACCGCGACGUCUUUGGCAAGGACGCGGACGCGUACAGGCCCGAGCGCUGGCUCGAGGACGCCGAGGAAGCAAAGAGGAUGGAGCGGUACAUGUUCCAGUUUGGAGGGGGUGCUCAUGUCUGCAUCGGGAGGAACCUGGCGCUGCUAGAGAUCAACAAGGUGAUCCCCAGGCUUCUCCGAGAUUACAGGUUCCAGCUCGUCCACCCUGGGCGGCCCCUCAAGGCGCAUGCGACAUUUUUCGUAGUUCAGGAGGGGCUGGACGUUUACAUCUCCAAGAGGGCGAGGGAGUUUUAGAGGAGUUUGCGGCUUGGGAUCUUGAGUUCGGGAUCCAGUCGCAGGGGGUAAUGUAGGAGGUGGCUGCCGUGUGAGUUGAACGACGGCAAGGGGUAAGUGUGUAGUGGGUUUCAAGCGCAAUGGGUUCAAUCAUUCGAUAAUGACGUAAGCGGGUUUGUAUUUCUGUUGCUCAUAUGGUAUCAAAAUAACGUCCCUGGAAGGGAUAAAGCAAGAAAGUAAAAAGAAAAAAAAAGGCCUAUGAAGAUACAGUGGCCCGGUGACGAGCCUCCCACUGCUGCCCACGACGACGCAGACGCUGCCGUUCUCCCCCAGCGGGGCCAGGGUGAAAG